CAGCCACCGCGCGUCCCCGCCGCCGCCGCCGCCCCCCGCCAGGCCCCGCCGCGUGCCCGCGCCCCAGUGCUGCUGCUGCCCAUCUCACUCUCCAGCUACAGGCUUCGAAAUCCAGCUCAUUGACUCCCUCCUCAUCAGGGACCACGGGGUAGUCUCAGCCGGAGUCCUUCCACGCUCUUCAAAUCGUGGGGUCAGGAUGUUGUGGGCAGCAUAGGAGGAGGUGGUGAUGUCACAACUGCAGUGCCCUUUUCCGCGUUGCAUUUUCCAAUCAGUUCUGUCCAGGUGACUGUGCCCAGGUUAUGACGACUAAUCCUAAACCGAACAAGGCAUUAAAGGUAAAGAAGGAGUCAGGAGAGAACGCCCCGGUGCUCAGCGAUGAUGAGCUGGUGUCCAUGUCUGUUCGGGAGCUCAACCAGCACCUCCGGGGCCUCACCAAGGAGGAGGUGAUUCGCCUGAAGCAGCGCCGGCGCACACUCAAGAACCGAGGUUAUGCCGCCAGCUGCCGCAUCAAGCGGGUGACCCAGAAGGAGGAGCUGGAGCGGCAGCGGGUGGAGCUGCAGCAGGAGGUGGAGAAGCUGGCCCGAGAGAACAGCAGCAUGAAGCUGGAGCUGGAUGCCUUGCGCUCCAAAUACGAAGCUUUGCAGACGUUCGCCCGCACCGUGGCCCGUGGACCCAUUGCUCCUACCAAGGUUGCCACCACCAGCGUCAUCACCAUUGUCAAAUCAGCUGAGAUAUCAUCCACCUCGGUGCCCUUCUCAGCUGCGUCCUAGUGCUCCAGGCAGCUGCAAGUUAGAGGGAGGGCAGGGUGAGGGCGGGUGGGACUGGGAGCCCUUUGAGAAGGGGAUGGGAAAUGUCUCUCGUCCUUGGUCAGUCUCCUCAGUCCUGUCGAGUCGAUGUGUCUCCUCAAAAACGGUGCAGACCACCGCAAAGGCACCCUCAAUGGCUCUUUCUUAGUGGCCCUUGAUGGUUUAUGACAGGAAUUUGAGUUUGGGUGUGGGAUAAGGGGAAGACCUUUUGUUGAACAAUCCCAUUCAACUCCCCUUUCCUGUUUCACCCCUCUUACCUCUCCCAGAUCUUUCUUUCCACCUCUUUGUCACUAUAACAAAUCUUGUUAUCAAGGAAAAGUUUAUUUCUUGAGGUGCCUCUUGGACAUUUGGCAGCCAGGAGAUGUAUAUGGAAUCCCAAGAUUCUCCAUAAAAGGGAGAAUUACUCCAGAAGAUUCCUGUGUCAGCCUAUGGCAACUAUUGUUCAAGGGGACCUCUGCACUAUUUCCUUGCCCACCUGAAGAGGCAGCAUCACAUCUGUUUUAUGCUUAAAAUGAAACUGAAGUGGUGACUCUGUAAACGUGAAUGAUUUGAGACGUACCAAUUAUAGAAGGCUCUCAGUUUUUUAGUUCAUAUUUUCAACUUUUUCCCCCUCCUUUAAAUUUCUCCUCUCCCCUCUUCUCCCUCUCCUGCUAUGUCCCCCAGUCAUGAGGAAUAAAUUUUCAGGUUCCUGACAUGACUAAAUGCCUGGCUUCCCUCCCUGAGCAAGACCUAAACAGAAGGCAUGUAGUGCAGCUUAAUUCUUCCAGGUGUUCCACAUUUAGAAUGCACUCACAGCCCUGUUUUAAGCAGUUAACUUAGGAUUCCCUGGUGCUCCAAUAAAGGAGGUGUGGAAAGUAUUAGGUAGGGUUUCGUGUGUGUGCUCAUGCACACGUGUGCACAGCAUUCCCCAAGGGAGAUAUCAUAGCAGUAUUACCGGGCAGAAACUGAGCAGUGGCAAAGGGAUGUCUGUUCCACAGAGGACUGAUUGAGUACAAAGGUGUUAUUUAAGGAGUAACAAAAUGUUCAGGAUGGUCUCGAGAGUAUAGCCAGCUUGAGAACUUCAGCAGGGAGGAAGUAGCAUGUGUACUGGGGAAACCAGGACAUCCAGAUAACCCCCUAUAUGCAAACAGGGUGAUUGUUAAGAGCACAAGGACGCAAAAACAGCCUCCUCUUGUUCCAUGGAGAAGCCUUCCCCCAUGGGACCGGCUGCCAAAACAGCAGACAGGUUAUUGGACACUGGCAGAGAGGAGGGAAGCUUAGAGGAGGAGCCAGUGUACUUGUUCAUUGAUUUAGAACUGAUCCUCAGGUAGGCAUUUCACAACAGAUGUCAGCCUCCUUCCUUUAGCCUACGUGAAUAGUGUCUUGUGUUCUAAGGAUCUGCAUGUGGUCAGCUCUUCUCCAGUCAGUGAGAACAUUGAGUCUUUGAAACACAGGGAUUUUAAAGGAUCCAGAGAAGAAAUACCAAAAAGAAGAGUUUUUGUUGGGGUGAGAACCUGAAGAAGAUAAGCAAAACCUUUGGUUCUACAGAAAGAAGGUGAGAGGGAUUAAGAGUGUUGUAGAGGAGAGGAAGGAGAUAGGAACAGAGGUGCCAGAUCACUGAUGAUGUGAACUGGUAUUUGAUAGCUGGAAGGCACUGUUUUGUGCCAGUAGAGAUGCUGCCCUGUACACUUGGUGUAGUGGUUCCUGUUUGAGAUGAGACAGGAAGUAACCUUGUGUGGGCCAAGAGAGUGGGGUGGAGAGUGGAUAGGAUCUAGAGAAAAAAAGAGGUCAAGGAGAAAGGUUAUCUUGUGUCCUUGGAAGAAAUCGAAAAUAAGUGUUACAGAAGAGACUAGAAUGUGAUUUGAGGAAAUUAUUGACAUGAUUGACUAAAGAAGGUAGCUUGUGCACACCACAGAGGAAGUAUGUUUUGAAGUUGAUUACUGAAAGCUUGAGGAGGUUUACCAGGUGAAUCCUUGAAAAUCUAAUUGUGCUCUUCUACCACUGCAUAAAAGAUGAGGGGAAUCUGUGCAACCUUGGUGCUCAAACAUUGUCUGAAGCCUUUAACUUGCUUUUUCUUUCCUGAGCAACUGAGCCAUCAAAGAUCUCACAGUAAUGUUUUCCUGUGGCUCCUUUCCAUGGAGAGUAGUAAAAGUAACCUCAGAACACUUUCUGGAUGACUUUAUUAAACAUUUGGGAAGGUGUUUAUUUAGCAUUACUACUUCCAUAUCUCCCACCUACCCUGCUAAUAGAUUGGUGUUGACUGUUAAGGUUGGGGAAUGAAACUGAGUUAGGGUCACAUUUGCUGGUCAGGAAGCAUAUCCUUUAAAGUUCUCUGCAUCAGCUAAGUGCUCUGGUCUACUAGGUUCAGUCUAGAUUCUUUAAUAUUCGUGUAGAUACCUGUAUGUUUGUCUGUAGGAGUGGGAGGUGGGGAAGAGGAAGAGUGGGAUGUGACUCCUAUCAAUGGGCUUUAGCUGAGAUCAAUCCUGCACUUGGCUUUGCUGGGUUCAUCAGAGAGAAACCUUCCUCUCUCCCCCACCCCUUUUCUCCAGCUCCCUGCUCCUAUUUCCCUCUUACUAUACUGUUCCUCCCCGCCCCAACCCUAAAUAAAACAAGCUGCAGAGGACUUUAAGGGUCCUUAACCACAUAGGGAGGCUAUCAUAGGAGUGACACAGGCCCCAAGGGCUGAAUCUUUGUUCUGUGUCUCUGCUGUUGGAAUAAAACAAGAAGUAUCUGAACUUCUCCAGUGGCACUGCCAUGUGGCUGAAUAGUUUUCCAUUUCCUGGAAGAGUGCCAAAGGGUUUGGCCAAGCUGAGAGCCAGGUCUCUACCAAUAGGCGCUUGGAUUCUUCCAAAACAAGAGGCCUGAGUGUUAAUAAAGCUGUUGAUACCAUAGCCAUGGUAGGUAAUCCAUAUUGGAUAUCAAUAAGGACCACGUGGAAAUAUUUAAAGAGAGAGAGAAAAAGUAAAAAUAUAUAUAUAUAUAUAAAUAUAUAAAAUUAUAUACACAUUUUAUCGUACAGAUUUUUCGUAAGCAAAAUUAAUUUUUUUUCCAAGUUUGAUACUGUAAAUCUUUAUUAAAAUUAAUUGUCAGGUCAGGAAUCUCUGACCUGGCAAUUUGACCUGGAGGUGGAGAAUGGGAGUGGCUUCCCUUCUUCACCCCUAACUUCUGCAAAUGAGUCAUAACCACAGGCUUUGUGGAAGGAGGGAUCUGUUGGCUGCUCCCCACACCCAGUUUUCCCUCUUCCAUUCUGAGAGGAGCUCUGGCUCUAAGGCCCAUGCAUUCUAAACUCUAUUCUGCAUGACAUUCCUCUGAACCACUGCCCUAGGCUUGGAGGAUGACCCCAACGAGGGCUAUAAUUCCCCCCCCCCCCAAGAUGUUAUGCCUUGGCAUUUCAUCUCCCAGGUGCUCCAGCCAAAUCCUCUUCCCUACCCUGCAGUCUGCCCCACAGAUCCCCUUCCCAAGCCACAGGAUUUCCUGUCUACCCACACUUUCCAGAGUAGGUUUCAUUUUGAAGUUCUGGUGUCCAAGGCUAGAGUGUUUCUGUUCUUGUUUGUAAUACCCAGCAAAGACAGAGGAAAUGGGUUUUUAGUAUCAUUGUUGUCACCUGUUUGACACAUAGUUGAUGUGCCCUCAGGAUGGGAGAGGGACAGUGUUGCGCAUGGGCAAGUAAAUUUUCAUAUUGAAUUCUUGACUUGUAAACCCCUUCCCAGACUGCAGGGAUACCCAAGAGUAACAGUGGAUCAAUAGCUGAGCUUGCCUGGUCACCUAAAGGAACUUUGGAAGUAUGGGCAAACCAAGGGCCGACAAAUGCCUGAAAUCUAAAGCUGUAGACGAAGUAAGGAGCAAUGCAUUUAGUGGUAGAAGAAGAGAAAACAAGGCACCUGGGGGGAAGGGGUAGAGAACCACGGGAUGAUGGUAAGAGACUUUGGUAUCCCUUGGAGAUGAUGAUGGGCAUAGGCUGGUCUGCAACAGAGGUAACAUUUUUUUCUCUCUCUCUUGCCCUCCCUUUCAAAUCAUUGAAAUUUCAUUGUCACAAUUUUAAUAUUUUGGUUGGUUUUCUUUUUUAAUUUAAGAAAAAAAGUCCAUGACCUUUGUGUAAUGUGGAUUUGUUUUCCUUUUUCUUUUGUGCUUUAAUCUUCUGGGACCUUUCCAUAGAAGGCAAUUCCUUUGCUUAUUUCCUCCCCCCUAGCCCUCUUCCUCCCCCAAUGACAGGGACAGUCUGUUUUAAGUUUUUUAGCACCAGCUCAUUCUGUCCUCUGUGGUUAUUCAGUAAUUUCAUUUCAAUAUUUAUUUUUGUGCUGCUUUUUUAUUAUAAUAUAAAUUAUUGAGACUAUACCAAGUAAUGUGGAUUCCUGUUUGUAUGGCAUAUAGCCCAGUGUUUGUGUCCAUCACUUUUCUCUUCUGACAGCCACAACGUAAUUUAUUGCUGUACAUUUAGCUGCUGUGACUGGUUUUGUACCUUUCCAAUAAAGCAUUUUUCUGGUUUUGGA